UACUAGCAAACUUCAGCUUCACGCUUCAAUAGAAAGAUAUUCAAGAGCAAACCAUCUUUAAAUAAAAUGCAUUCUUGGGUACUGAAGACCGUAACAUGAAGUAAUGUAAAACGGAGGCCGCACCUGUGAUUACUGGCCUUUGUACGAAUUGGGUUACUGCUGCGACAUUUUAGAAUAAGUGCAUUUACAUAAAUAUAAUACUAUAUAAAUAUACAAUUGUUUUUUGAAAUAAAAUUAAAAUACAUAUCUGGGGUAAUUUCAUAGGUAAGGUAAAUAAUUAACUUUGCCGAGAGCUAUUGGGUUUAAUCACAUUAAUGAGUUUUGUAUAGUACUUUAUUACCACUCUCUAUAUUAUAAAACAUAAUUAUUUAUGAAUAUUGAACGUGAUUUUAACAAUUAAUUUAAUCGAUUAUGCAAAUACUCUCUAUACAAAUUUCAAACGCGAUCCAAUUGUCAUUUUGACAUUCCAUAUUUGUCAAAACAACGUGUUGUUAUUGUCAGUAUUGUCACGAAACGAACAAACACCUAAAACAAAUCUAGGAGUAAGGAUUAAAAUUCCUUCAAUUCCAUUAUAACGUGGAUAUUGGUGUUUGUUUUUUAUUAUGGCGCAAUCCGAAGACACCGAACUCAGGGACUUGGUGAUCGAAGCUUUAGAAAAGAACGGAUCAUUAGCGAAAAUACGCGCUUUGCUCCGGGCAAAUGUUUUUUUGGCUUUCGAGGAAGAUUGUGACAUUAAACAAAAUCCGAGCUUAGACAACAUCUUUAACUUACCCGAAGGUAAGUUAGCUUUGUCAAUUGUGCACGAGUUUUUGGAAUAUUGCAACCUCAAAAAUACAUUGUUUGUGUACAUGUCAGAGUCGCGUCAAGAAAGAGAAUACAAAUACGAAGGGAAGAAAUCGCUUAACGGUAAACUUUACCUCGACAAACAAGGCCUUAAGGAACCGAUUCUAGUAUCACUGAUUAAAUCUUACCACCAAAAUAAAUACUUUGAAAAGAAGAGACACACUAAAGAAGAUAAAAUGAACCGGAGCAAGUUAAAGGAAAAUCAUACUUAUCUAGUACAUGACGACUCUCAGACGAGUACUACCAGCAAUUCUCUUUCAGAUAUAUCCUCUGAUGACAGAAAUAAAUUACGCUUAAGACUCAAUUUAGAUAAUUCCGAUACUGACACUUCUAGUGAAUCUGCUAAAGAAAAGUCGAGUUCAGAAUAUAUUCCCGGGGACCACAUUAUAGAGAUGAAAAAAGGAACCAAUACUCAAAGUGUUAUACAACACACCAAUGGCUCAUUACAUAAUAAUCAAAAUCACAGCAUACCAAAUGCCCCAGAACUGAAAUCAUCAUUGUAUGACACUUUGAAAGAAUUCCGUGCAUUACCUAGUAGUAGUGAUUCUACCUCAUAUGCAGAAUUAAAACCAUUCCAAACUAUAGAUGAUCUUAAUAAAGUUGCAUUACAAGGAACACAACAGAAAUAUAAUGCUGAUAUUGUACAGCCUGCUCCUUCUUAUUCUAUAGGAAAUUUGAGGAGUGAAUCACAGCACAUUGUUGAUUCAUCCAAAUCUGGAACAAUAAGUAGUGCUUCAUCCUUAUCAUCAAAAGAGCGACAUAUAAGCGCUAGUAAAUCUAAAGAUGGAAAACCCUCAAUUGAUUCUCGUAUAUCUGAAGCUGAUACAGUGGAGUAUAGUAAUGACUUUUCAACAUCAUCACCUAAAUUUAACAAAAGUCCUCACAAAGAAUCUACUAAACGAUCAAAUGAUAAUAGUCACAAAAAUAUUUCAAUAGAAAGUCAAAAUCAAGGGUCACAGAGCUCGCGCAGUUCGAUUUCGAUUUCUGAUAUUGCUGAUUUGAUGAGUGAAAAAAGUUCCUCUAACGAGAAUAAUUCUAAAAUUGAUCAUUCAACAAAUAAAUCAAAGUUAUCACAAAGUGUUCUACAUAGUAAAUCUAAUAUAAGACAGAAUAAGAGUUUAAGUGAUGAUUCUGGGGAUUUCACAGAAUCACCAAUACAUUCAUUGUCUAAUCUUAGUUUAGACAUUCACAGUGACUAAUAUUAAAUAAAAGAUUUACUCAAUACAUUCUGAAGAUUAUUUACGCAUUUAAUAUGAGCAAUUUAUUUCAAACAUAAUAUCUUAUGCCGGAUGUAAGUGACUAAUUUUUAAAUGAUACUACCUAUGUUAGUAUUUACAAAAGUAUCCUAUUUAUUAUUUUAUAUAAAAGUAUAAAAUUUGUCCCAAGCAUGGGUCUAAUAAUUUUAAUGGUUUUUUUAUAAUUUAAUUUGCCCUUAAGUCAUAGACAGUUAAUAAAAAUGCUCAGUAAAUAUAAAAUAAAUAAAAACACUGUUUUAUUACUGAUAAAAUUUGACUAAUCAUUGCAUAAUAAAAUUAUAUAAGAGAAAAUUUUAGUAAUGUCAAAUAAUGUUAUUGAUGUAUGAUAGAUACAGUUCAUGUCAAAAAUGAUGCAAAAUGUAAAAAAAGUUAUAUCAAUUCAUAUGCCUUCUUUACAUGAUAGUUGAUGACCUUACCAACUCGUAAUCUUCAUAUUAAGAUUUGAAGGAAGAAUGGUUGUGCCUUAUUUAAUUGAAUUGCAACAAGUUCCUUUAAAAAGUCAUAAUUCUAGUCCUAAAUACAACUGGUUCCGUCCAAAUUGCCGCAUUAAGAACUCAGUUUCUGUAUCAAAAGAUAGUUGUGCUGAAACAUACCUACUUAUGAUGUCAAUAAAUGAGAUAAUGUAAUGUAAA